AGAUUUAAAAAUGGCGUUUAAAACUGGAACAGCUGAUAAAGUUUUGUAAUCAUCAGUCAUCAGCUGAUGGUUUAUAUUUAAAAAAGGCUUGGAGGUCACGCUCUGAAGCAUUUCUUCGAAGGUAUCCAAUAGUAUAUAUUGUUAACUUAAUUUAUUAAAGCGAUUUUUGGUAAAACAAAACAACAAUGAAUACCGUUAUGAAGUCAUUUAAAGAUACAUUAGUGAACGCUAAAAAUAUUUUGAUUCUUACGGGAAGUGGAAUAUCUGCUGAAUCCGGUGUGCCAACUUUUCGUGGUGCUGGUGGCUUUUGGCGUACAUAUCAAGUUACUUAUUUGGCUACACCAAGAGCUUUUAGGGAUAAUCCAUCGCUUGUUUGGGAAUUUUAUGAAUACAGACGUGUUUUAGCAACUAAAGUUCAGCCAAAUAAGGCUCAUGAUGCGAUCGCUAACUUUGAAAAGAAGCUCACGAGUCAAGGAAAACAGGUGACUGUUGUAACACAAAAUGUUGAUGGGCUCCAUCAACGUGCUGGAACUAAAAAUAUCGUGGAACUCCAUGGUUCAUUGUUUAAAACACAAUGCACUGAGUGCGGUAAUGUUGAAGUCAAUAAUACAGUUCCUAUUUGUCCUGCUUUAGCAAGAGCCAGUUUACCCGAGCCUGAUGAUAUGGCGUCUGAUAUACCAGUCGAAGACUUACCGCACUGUCAGAAGAAUGGUUGUACAGGGUUACUGAGACCAUUUAUUGUGUGGUUUGGUGAAAAUCUCGAUGAAGAUCUUCUGAAUAAAACUGAGGCUGCUGUUGAAAGCUGUGAUGUAUGUUUGAUAAUUGGAACUUCAUCACUUAUUUAUCCAGCUGCUAUGUUUGCACCGAGAGUCGCUGAACGCGGUAUCACUGUUGCUGAAUUUAACUUGGAAGAAACUGCAGCAACAAAAAGUUUUCAAUACCAUUUUCAAGGUCCAUGUACUGUGACAGUAACUGAAGCAUUGGAUAUUUGAAAAAAUAAGUUUAUUUUUAAUCAAAGAAAUAAUAAUAAUACAUUGUUUUGAAUAGCUAUUUAUCUAAAUGUAUUUAUUUCAUACUAAACUGUGUGAUGUCUUUGU